AUGGCCCCCCGCCAGCGCCCGUCCGCGCCCUCCACGACCCUGGAUGACUCCCGGUCAGAGGCCUCGAGCACGCGCGAGCGUCCUGCAAAGGGACGGAAGCCUCCCCCCCUCCCUACCCUCCCUACCCUCCCUACGACCGACCCGAUAGCUACGGACGUGAAGGAAGACCAGGACACGGCCUCGAUCGACUGGUCCACGAUGCCCCUGUCCGUACUGCACGAGUACCGCUACGUCUAUAACCUGCCCUGUCCGAGCUCGUUCUCGUCCCAGAUAAACGCCAUCCUGCUCUCUCAGGGCGUAGGCCUGCGGUCGGCCACGGCCAUCUCAAGACAAGAACAGGAAGAGGGAGGGGAAACACUGCAUAGAGUGUCGAGGGGGAGAGUGUCCAAGGCGCGUCUGGCGGCGGCGGUGAGGAAACAUUUCAAUAACACGGCUAUAUCGGAGCAGGAUGCGAUUGCGCGGUUUCUGUAUAAGGUCAAUGAAGAGAGGAGGGGGAAGGAGUUUAGGCUUAGGUUUCAGCCGUAG